GAGUGGGAAUAAAGACAGAUAGCGGGGCCCGGAGCAGAGCGCGGAAAGUUUCCUGCGCGGCCCGCGGGCGGCGGCAGCGAUGCCUGUGCGGCGCGGAGCGCUGGGGCUGGGCGGGCUCCGCGGGCCGUAGGGCAGCGAGCGAGGAGCGGCGAGCCCCCGGCCCGUCCUCUGGGCGGCGGGAGGAGGCGGCCCGCGCGAGGACGGGGACGCGGCCGGAGCGGGAGCGGCAGCUCGGAGGCGGCCGCCGCUCGGGGGAAAGAUGAGCUUGUUGUCAGCCAUCGACACCAGCGCCGCGUCCGUGUACCAGCCCGCCCAGCUCCUCAACUGGGUCUAUCUCUCGCUGCAAGACACGCACCAGGCCAGCGCCUUCGAUGCCUUCCGCCCCGAGCCCUCCUCCUCGCAGCACCCCGACCUCGGCUACACCAAGAGCCCCCCGGAGCUGGGCUCCUCGCUCAGCUCCAGCUAUCUCAACAGCUUCUUCCAGCUCCAGCGCAGCGAGGCUCUGAGCAGCAGUCUGUAUAAGAGUGCAUCUCCUUAUGGCUCUCUUAACAACAUAGUGGAUGGGUUAAGCUCCCUUACUGAGCAUUUUUCUGACCUAUCCCUUUCUUCAGAAGCCAGAAAACCCAGCAAGAGGCCACCUCCCAACUAUCUGUGCCACCUCUGCUUUAACAAGGGACACUACAUCAAAGACUGCCCACAGGCUCGUCCCAAGGGAGAAGGCCUGACCCCAUACCAGGGCAAGAAACGCUGCUUCGGUGAAUAUAAGUGCCCCAAAUGCAAGAGAAAAUGGAUGAGCGGAAACUCCUGGGCUAACAUGGGACAAGAGUGCAUCAAGUGCCACAUUAACGUUUAUCCUCACAAACAGAGACCCCUGGAAAAGCCGGAUGGCCUGGACGUUUCAGACCAGAGCAAAGAACAUCCCCAGCACCUGUGUGAGAAGUGCAAAGUUUUGGGCUACUACUGCCGCCGUGUGCAAUAAACCUUCCAAGUGGCCUCUUCCCGUCCCCCUCAUCCUUAAAGAUCCUCUGACAGCACACGAUCAAGAGCAACACAACACAUCAAGAUAAAAGCUAAAAUAAUUGCCAAUAUUGCCUAUCUAUAACCUAACAGUAUGCCUUACCUUUAACGGAAUGUAACAUUUCUCCUGUGUAUGCACACACAUGCAACAGGUAUUUACAGGACUAUGGUGAAUUUGUAUACAUACAUAUAUAUGUAAGCUUACAUAUAUAUAUGUACACACGUAUAAGCAUUACUGAUAGUGUUCACAACAGAACCACAGUUGCAGGUUCUGCUGAUUGUUUACACAGACCCUAUAUCAUGGUCAGGUGAAAUGAAGUACUAUUCUUUAGGCAAGAUAUAAUAUUCACAAGGACUAUAUGUGAUAAAUGGGUUUUGCAGAGGUGAAAUAACUGUGGGGCCACUAAUUAAAAGCACUCACCCACGACAGGAAUAUUAUUCCUAUUAUAUGACAAGACAAAAGGAGAUUAAACAAGCCACAGCAUAAAAGAAGGAAAAUAAUUGUUUUCCCAGUUUUAGAAAGUCUGAGAGUUUUGUGUUGCUGCUUUCUUGGACUUUUCUAUUUGUUAGUGUCACUCAGGCAGGGCUCAGGCAAAAUCAUUUUUUGCAAUUUUGAGGCAAAAAAAAGUGAAUAAUUGUUUGAGGGUGUGGUUGUACAGAAAGGGAACGCCAUAAUGGGACCCAUAGCAUCGGGAAGGAUUCCAAGAGGUUUUUGGAGGAGAUAAAAUUGGCUUGGUUGUGUGACUAACAGAUCUUUCUCUUGUCAUAUAAUUCUGCUACAAGAGGUUUUGCAUGUGUAUGCGCUAUUCAUUAGGCUGCAAGCACACUAAAUUUACUGUGAAUAAAGGGGGAUAAGAAUGCUUAAAAUUGUCCUCCAAAUCCAUAAUUGAACGAUUAGCCAAACUUACUAUUUAUAAUAGUUUUAAAGCCACUUUCUGGAAAUAUUUUUUAUGUCCUGUUUUCUACUGUACAAAUUUGUUACAAUGUAAAACUUUUUAGCCAUAAGGUGUUAUGAGGUAUGAAGAACACUCUUUAUAAUAUUCCCACUUUCCUGUCUUCCUGAAACACCUAUUUACCUUAGGAGAAAUGUAGGAGUUAUAUUUGGUUGUCCCAUUUCAGGUGGAACUUUGGGCAGGGUGAUCCUGUUGCAAAGUAGUAUCUCAUCAGGGAUGAGCUGAAAGUACCUCGAGACAGUAUCCUGUUUAUAUGUCUGUAUAAGAAUACAUGGGCAUAAGGACAAAACAAGCAAUUCACUGAGAAAACUUACAGGGAUAAUGGUUUGUGUGGUUUUAGGUUUGGGUUUUGUUUGUUUUUUUUUUAAAAAAAAAAAAACAUUUCUAUUUUUGUGAGGUUUCCUUUAGAGAUUGAUUUGUGUGAAUACUUAGUGGAAAUAUUUAAAAUCCUACAUAACUUGAUGUGAAUUAAAUCUGUUUUGAGGAUUAAUUCCACAGUACUAAUACAGAGAGGGUUUUGUGCCAAGUAAUACCAAAACAUAACCAAUAAGUACAGUCAAGCUCUUGCAAAGCGAACUGAAAACUCAGUGAGCAUUCCUGUAGGAAAUGUGAAGGUCUUUAGAAUUUGUUCUAAGGUGAAACUUCGACCAUUUCUCUGCUUUGUUCUAAACAGGGCAGAAUAGUUUCUGCUUAUUCUGGUGGUAGGGUAAUAUACAUAUCUCACAAACUGCAUUAUUUAUGUGUAGCCCAAGUGACACAGCCCACUGGUCAGUCUGAUGAAAAAGCCUUGGGAUUUGUUGAUUCUGACCAUGACUCCUGCGUUAGCUCCCUGGCUGUGGGCAAGUCACGAGAUCCUUCUUGGACUUCAGUUCCCCCAGCUGCAAAAGGGGGGUAAUCGUACUUCAGUGCACCUACCUCACAGCAGUGUUGUGAGGCAUACUCAGUAUCUAUUAGCGUUUUGACAUCACUGGAUGAAAAAUGCUAUGUAAUUCUAAAAUCUUAAAGAAAAUUAAUCACUUUGAAACUAGUUUUGCCAAGAUGGUAGUUCUAUAAACUAGAGUAGCAGAAGAAUAAUAUUAUUGAAUGUUAACACUAAUAAGAGAUCUCAGUUACGUCAGUCAAGAUAUACAGUUUCAGCUUUUUCAAAUAGAAAUGCAUUCUUUUGCACAGAUUCAGAAAAAAAAUACCUUAGAGAAAAACAAAGAUACUAACUUGCCUAUAAGAGAAUAAAAUACACAGGUGAUUUUGAGGGUGGAUUUUAAAGCUUGUUAAUCUUGAUAAUUAGUUUCCAGCAUGCAUGCUUUUACUGAAAGAAUAACGCAUUAAAUCCAAUUUUUUUUUUUUUUUUUUUUUCCUUUUUGAGCGCUUAACAGAACAUGAACAGAAAUAUCCUUGGUGUUUCAUAUCCAACUAAAGGACAAGUAGAUGAACACCAUCAGGAGAAAA